UUCCGCGUUUCAAGAACGUCGAAUGUUGAAAGUUGGUAUUGAGCGUUCAAUCAGGAAUAGACUACGGUAGCUUGUUAUUGGUUCUUUUUAGGGUUUUUUCUAACUUAUAGUUAAUGGCAUGAAAUCUUGGCCAAGAUUCAUCGUAAAAGGUUCUCUCUUUGAGCUCUGCUAUCCAAGACGGGACACUAUCAAAAUACCGUAAAAUCAUGAUCGCAACUGAUUUUGAUGAUUCAGUGACAGAAGAAGUGGUUGCUCUGGAAGCAACACUCAUGGAGGAUGUGACUGUUCACCGUUCUGAUGAUGGACACAUCACUGGUGUGGAAAUUUGUGUUGUACCAGCAACAGCGCAGCAAGUAUCCCAGCAACAUGUCAGGUGCACGCUGGAAGCUACUUUCCCUCCUCGGUACCCUGCUGUUCAGCCAAAAGUCAUAAUCCGCAAUCCUCGUGGCAUAGAUGAAAAUGUGUUGCUGAAGGUGGAGAGGGAGAUGAUGGCAAAAUGUCAAGAGCUUGAAGGCAGUCCUGUCAUCUAUGAGCUUGUUGAGCUUAUACGUGAAAACCUGACAGAAAACAAUACUCCAAGCUGUCCCUGCACCAUAUGCCUGUAUCACUUUCAUCCAAGUGAUCACUUCACCAAGACUCAAUGCUUUCAUUACUUCCAUAAGCACUGCAUGGGACGGUACAUCAAGAAUUGUGAGCUGACAUAUGCUGCCAGUGUAGCUGAGCAGCAGCUGGCUCCUUGGCAGGCACAACCACAGCUUCAGCUCAUCUGUCCAGUCUGCAGGGAACCUAUUACUUUAGAGGAAAGUGCUGAGAGCCUCAUGUCAAUGCCGGGCCCCGUGGAGGAAGAAGGGGAGGAGCUGUGGAGUCCUGACGCUCCUGAGGUGCAAGCUCUGCAGCAGUCGAUGGCGAAGCUGUUCCUGCAGCAGCAGCAGCGAGGCGGCAUCAUCGACCUCGAGCAAGAGAAGAACAAAUACUUCGUGUCUCUCAUUGCGAAUGAACCUCAUAUCGAACAAGACUCAGCUCAAGUUUCUGGUGUUGACGAGUCUCUUGGUCACGAAAAGAAAGACCUUACGCCCCCCCGUGAGGCCGCCACUGAAGCUCCCGUUGUUGAGGAGAUCCGUGAUGGUCGAAACAUCAACUUUCCCGCGGGAGAAAGCGAUGGUGUUGACACCGGUAAAAGUGAUCGCGGUAGUGGAAGCCGCGGCCGAGAUCGCGCCUUGCACGGCGAUGUCCGUGGACGAGAUCGUGGAUCCUCGCGUAGUGGGCGUCCAUGUUAUGGGUCGCGCGGUCGAGGUGCCGCUGAUGGUUCCCUGGUGUAUGACGGAUACGGCAGGGGACGGCGAGUUGGGUCUGACCAUCGUCAAGGUUAUCAUGCCCGGGGAAGUCAGAAUAACUCUGAUGCAGGCUGCGGACGCAGAAACACUGAUGUCGGUAGCACACGUUAUUCACGACCGUGGGAGGAGCAGCACGAUCAGAGUAGUUACUCUAGACGCAAAGAUGACGAUGAGCUCAAUCGCAGACAUGGCCCCCGUAUGUUUCGGGGUGGCUAUGGUGUACCACAGUCAGGAUAUACUUAUAACAGCCGUUAUACCCACAGCAACCACCAGCACGGCUCCAAUGGCUCAGGCCAGCACUUUUAUGCUCGUGGCUGCGGCAGGAAUCGUGGCCGGACAGAACGACCGAGUGGCCGCCAGCUGCAUGCAGAUGCUGAAGCCAAUGAUUGCUCCUCCGCUUCAAGCUCUCAGAGUUGACGACGGUCCUGUGCAGGGCGAUGCUCACCCUGUCCUCUUCUUUUCCUAUCUCCAAAAAAUACUCGACUUUCAUUCAAUUCUAGCUUUUCUAUCUAUGGCUUCAUUGCUUUAACUUGUUGGAUUUGUUGUUUUUUUGCUGCUAAAUCGAAAGUUCACGUCAUGGUGUGUGGCUUUGAAAGCCCUAGUUAUGUCUGGAUGAUGUAUUUAUUUUUCUUGAUGUAUAUGUGCACACAAACUAUGCUACGGGAUUACCAGUCAGGGUUUGAAAACUCGGUUGACAACCAUCAGAUAUCUGUUUGUGUCUGUUCUGGCUGUCGUAAAUCCUUGAACCUACUCAUGUAUCUACCUCAUUUGACUCUGCCCGUUGUAUUUAUUGUUAUUAUCUUCUGCUUUCUUGCAUUUAACUUUCACCCCUUUUCUGUCGUUGGAAUGAUUCUCUUACUUGGUUGGUUUGAAAAUAUACUGCUUUGGAAAAUUUAUUUAAGUCAGUUGGUGUUCACUGUGCAUAUGAAAAAUUCCGAUUGUUUUGUUACCCUUUCCAGUACAUUUCUCAAAUGCUUGUUUGUAACACGGACGAAGUCUGCUCUGGAGUAUUUAUCACGCAUAAUGGAUUUGUGUUCAAAUUUCAAAUUUUCCAUUUUACAAUCUUACACGAGCAGGUGGACUGGUUAUUUGUCAUGCGUGGAAAUUUUCACGAUUUCGUUCGCCUUCUUGCAUUUCUUGAAUAUUAAACGUUUGAGAAAGUCACCAGUGAACCACACUGAAACUACACUUUAUUGCUGUCCACCUAUUAAAAUUGUUCCUAAUUUAUUAGAACCAUAUAAAUUGAAGCCAGAUUUUACUACACAUUCCAUAUCAAUCGGAGCUUUCUUUCCAAAACUCUAUUCUUUUGUUAAUCUUGCACUGAAGAGCCGCAACUGGAUGAAGUUUCUCUAGCAGUCUCCUCAUUAUAGAACAAUAUAUAUAUCAACUGUUUAAAUGCUCAUCAAACGUUGAAAUUAUUUGCUUUACUCUUGGUGUCUUCACCCGUCGGAAUCCUCAAUGGGGUUCAGUAUUAAGAAACAUGCAGUCCUUGUUUCUGUACCUGCAUUACAAUCCUCGCUUGUCUUCAAUUGUACUCACAAUACUAGUAGAGCUGUUGCCAAAUGUAGGGUACGAUUUUACGUAGAGUAUUUUUAUUGUGUUUGACUAUAUGUAUUGAUAUUUUAUGAUUAGGCUGAAAUUGCUUUUUAAUGUAUGUUUUGGUAAAGACCUGAGAGAAACUCUUAUUAAUAAUUUUCUCAUUGUUGUUCUCAUUAUUGCAAACUAGAUUUUAAUUUGGACUUGAAAAGUUCAAAGAUUGUCGUUUUAGUGGACAUUCGAUUUCAUUGGUACGACGCUUUGAACAAUAAUUAUUUACUGUCAAUUGAAAGAAGGUUUCGUCACGCUUAAUAUUGAGAUGACAAAUUCAAACCAGUGCACAACUUUUGGAGACUUUUUUGUAAUCAAUGUUUUUCACGUAGAUUACAUGACAGAUCUGUGUUGGCGUAACUACUUGGUGCAAUCUUGAAGUUCACUUAUGAUUUUGGGACCAUACGCUCCUUCAUACAACGACCGUGUAAGACUUGCACAUCCACUAGUGAUUUAAAAAUCCAACUUUAAAACAAUCUUUUAAAUUUUUGUCAUGAAUGGCGAGUCGAAAAAAAAACAAUCGACUUGUAAAUGCAAAUUGUCAAUAGCGUAAAAAUCGAGCUAAUGAGGACCAGCACCAAACUGAAAAAUCAUGACCGUCCGCUACCAGAAGAAGAUGUACAUCGGUUACAAGCCACAUGAUCCAGUCCUGCAGUCAAAAUAGAUGAAACCUUCAUUGUCAAGUACGAAUUUCCAACUGUUAUUUUACAAACUAAAAGAUUCACUUGGCUCAUUUUUAGAUAUUAUUUGAAAUUCUGUUUACUCCAAAGAUAUCCCUGUAACUUAUUUAAAAUGACUGUGGUUCGUUGUAUUUCAGGUAGCCCUUGUAUUUGUCUUAGUUUAGCAAUGAGCCGUCAAACGUCUAGUCAUUCGAGGCUGCUUAGCACCUAACUUUGGGUGACGUAGGUACUUUAAGCAUUGCUUUAGCAGAGGCCAAAUUAGUUGUUAGCUUUUUAGCCGCUUGUGUAUUGCAUGGCAGUUCUCGUCGUUUGUGUUAAGCUUGUAGUGGGCCAGCAGGUUCCUAGUAUAUAGAGGGCCUACCUGUGGACGGUCUAUGAAAAGGAGAUAAACUAUUUGUAGAGUUUUAAAGGCAGCUUCUGUUGUAGUUUUAUUACAUGCGUUUUUCUCGAACUAUCCAGACGUUAUGACAGAUUUUAUCAAUAGUGAUGUCCAUGUUGAUUCAGUUGUAAAUUUGGCGCCGUAAUCAUCAUCUAAAUUCCUUAAAAAAAACUGUUGAAUGAUUAUUUGUUGAUCUUUUUGAGGUUUUUAAUCAACUUGAUGCUUCAAGAAUCUUUCUUUUAGUAACGCAUUUCAUGCUACUUGAAGUCAUGCUAGAAUAUAUCCUUUUGAACUCUGUUUCCUUCGGUAUUUAAAGUGACUGAUAAAUGCACCCUUCCCUUUGCUAGCUAAUUAUUAGAGCGGUGAAUCGAAUCGUGUUGGCUGUAGACGUGCAUGAAUCUCAUUAAUUUUUCCUUGACAAUUCUGUUUCCUCGCUGAUCUUUGUUGCUUAUGACUCUUAAAUAGCUCGCUGUGUUGUUCGCUUAUCUUCACAUGAGGAGUUCUUCAUAGAGUCCGCCUCUCAAUGCUGUUACUGAAUCUUGGCGUCUGCGCGCUUUGCUUGUGUGGGAGUUUUGGUAUAUUCAGUUUGUCACUUUGAAAAGUGUAGUAAACGUAUAUAGAACGGGGCAAACGAAUCUAAGAUAUAAUUUAAAUUUAAAUAACUCGUUUAUGUUAUGUGUCUGAUGUGAAUAUGAAAUUUCUAUCCAGGAAACUUUAAUUGGUAUAUCUUGGAUAUAAGUUGAGCUUCUGACGACCCUUGUCUAAUCAACUCACCAGAAAUAUCAGUCUUAUUUUAAUGCUCUGUCUUAAAGGGGUAUUGAGAACCGCUAGGUAUCGGACAGUCUUGACGACAUACUACUGAGUUCUUAACGAAUUAGGCUGAACUUUACUCCAUUGGUAAAUGAGAUGACAAUCUGAAAAUUUUCAUGAUUUUCCACCGGUUUGUUUACAACUGUAACGAAAAAAAUAUUUACUUUACUUUGCAUUGAAAGAGUAAUGACGAGAUUUUCAAGCAACUCAGAAUAUUGAUGUUCAUGAAUUGUGCGACUUCUUCUUUUUUUGAAAUGACAACGGGUUAUACUUUUAAUUCUCUACUGGAUGGUCUAGUCUGUAUUUCUUGAUCGACCUCCUUAUAGAUAUUACCCGCCAACAAUCAUUUAUGAACGAGCAUGCUUGCAUGUGGAGGAAAAAUCCCGUAUAGUAACAGGCGCUGUGGCCAGAAUGAGGGGAGGCACAGGUCGUAAAUUUCUGAGUUGUUAAACUCGACGGCUCAUGUGGUUAGGACUCUCAACGAGAAGCGAGGAAAUGAGUGUGAAACGUCGUAAUUUAUUUACUAUGUAAUACCGCUUUAGACAUUUUCCAUCCCUUGAUCAGAGAUCUUAUUUCUUUCUGGUUUGUCCCGUUGGACGAGUGGAUGUGUAGUUUUGAAGCGACCGUAAACAAUUUUAUCGAUAGCAAAGGCUAUGCCGUUUUUAAUUGGACGUAGAAAAAUGUAAUCCGAGUUUGGUGAUCUUCCUGACUAAUGUUAAUUAUUUAUGCAAUAUUGUCUUGUCUAAAGCAAGACGUCGAUCUUCAGACUCGUGGGGGAUACGUUUUUGUCCAGUUUUCCUUCCCUCGUUUAGUACUCCUCGCUUGAAACGCUAGGCUACGUGUAGCGCCCACGUUCGGUGGCACUGUAGUGUAGCGUGCUGAACUUGUCAUUCCGUUAAGUCUUUGAUCGGGGUUUAAAUGAUGCACAAUAACAUA